UGAAAAGUGAAGUUUGACCUAGCCUCAAAUUUUGAUUUUUUUUGUAAUUUGAACAAUGAUAAUAUCAAUGAUAGCUAAAUAGGCCUUAAACUUUCUACUCAAUCCUGAAUCUCAAAAUGCCUCUGAGGGGACCAGUAGUCUGUUUAAAGUGCGGGGCUACUGAAUCGCCCCUUUGGACUAAUGCUGAAAAUUUGGGAGCAAUUUGCUUAGAUUGUGUGAAUGAAACCAAGAAUACUCUGAAGUCCGAACUAGAAGACGAAGAGGACGAUACAAAACCCAACAAGCGGAAACAGAGAACUACACGUUCGUACAAAACCAGAUUGAAUCCAUUCGCUGUUCCGAAAAGUUCAGUUCCGAAAGGCAAAGGGAGGAGAGGUUUGACGAAAAAGACUCCGGCCAAGGCGCCUGCUGCCGUGGCCACGACUGUCACUAGUGAAUAUGUUUUUUACAAGGGUAGUUACAUGCAAGUGGGAGAUAUUGUAUCAAUGGUUGACGAAGAAGGUGACUCUUUUUAUGCACAAAUCAAGGCAUUUAUGACUGAUCAGUAUUGCAAUAAAAGUGCUGUCAUUACAUGGCUACUUCCGACACAGGAAAGUCCUCCGCCUAAUGAAGAAUUUGACCCUGCCACAUAUAUUAUAGGUCCAGAAGAGGAUCUUUCUCGGAAUUUGGACUGCAUGGAAUUCGUAAUGCAUGCUCCAUCAGAUUACUACAAGUCGAAAACAACCCCUUACCCACCUGCAAAUCCACCAGGUGAACCAGGAUAUAUUUGGACCUCUUUAAAAUCAGUGCAAAAAAGUUCUGUUGAAGCAUAAAGGAACGUUUUUAAAAGAAACUAUCUAAAAUACCAUCCAUUUUGAUUGGUGUUAAUUAUUAAAUGCUUAUUAUUAUUAAUUAUCAUUAUUUAUUACCAAAACUUAUACUAUAAUUAACUAGAAACAAUGUAAAAUGUUUAAAAUUACUUUUUAUGUAUAACAUGAAUUAAAAGCUGGUGUUGAAUCA